AUGCGUGAUGAUAAAAGAAGACGCGAAAAAGGGAAAAAAGAACUCCAGAGACGCCAGAGUAAACAUGCAAAGCGCAUUAGAGAUAAAUUAAAGAGUAGAUACACUCAGGAAAAAUAAUGUCUGAAAAAUAAUGUCAUCUACAAGAAAAAGAACCGAAAUAAGAUAAGAAAAUGCCUAACCAAGGAGGCCACAAUACCAGAAGUGACAGACGAAGAUGAACCAACACAGCGUUUUGCGAUUUCCUAUGUGUGGGAAUCAAGUAUUCUGCGGGCAAUCAAGUGUGAUCUGGACAGAAGAUACGGCGAUUCUAUCAGGAUUCAACAAAGGAAGCAGAAGGCUAAAGUGACCAGGUGUGCCACUGAGAUGACCAUGACCCCAGCUCCAAGGGACAUUCCCGACUGGGCAAUCUCUACAACCUAUCACCUUGAUGGCUGA